UGGAUUCCUAUUGCGAUGCUCGACUUUUUACAGGGAAAAGACGCUUCCACUAUACAACCGAAAGCUUGCGUAUUUCUUAUUCAUGGUUUACACUCCAAUACAUUUUGUGAAUACUUAGAACCAGACCCUUCUCAGAAUAGUGCACGAAGACUAUAUCAAAAUUCCAUUCCACAACUUUUGAAUGGACAUGGUUUUGUGGUGUUUGCUCACGAUCAUCAAGGACACGGAAAGUCACAAGGAAAGUGCAAAGGCUAUUUUAACUCUAUGGAUACUUUGGUGGCAGAUACUUAUCAGUAUAUGGAGUGGAUUACGAAAGAAAAGUAUCCAGUUUUGAAAGAAAAGCCCCUAUUCCUUAUAGGUUGUUCUAUGGGAAGUUUGGUUUCGAUAUUGUUGGGUUUGAAAUACGAGUCACUGUUACGUGGUGCCGUUCUAAUUAGUCCUGCAGUAUCUCAAGCUAGUAAUCAGUUUGGUGUGAUGGGUCGAAUAUUAAGACCAUUAUCAGGUAUUGUAUCUACAUGGUAUCCCACUUUACCUGUAUUGCGACUUCCCAAGAAUGAAAAGUUUCCAGAGUUACAGAAGAGUUGGGAUAAUGAUGAACUCAAUUAUCAUGGCAAGUUGAGAGCUCGAGUUGGUGAGCAAUUUAUGAAAACGUACGAUGAGUUGUCAGAAAAGGCCACUCUGUUUUCAGUUCCAUUCAUUAUGUAUUAUGGCUCAGAGGAUACUUUAGUGGAUCCCAAAGGAAUGCAAAGCUUUUUUGAUAAGGUAGCAAGUAGUGAUAAGAAAGUAGUUUUAUUGGAAGGAAGAUGGCAUAUUCUUCAUCAUGAACCUGGAAAAGAGUCAGUCCGACAACAAUUCUUGCAGUGGAUGGAAGAACGUUGUUAAGAGAGAAAAUCUCUUUUUUAAGGAAUACAUAAAACAUAAUAAGGAAUUGAUGA